AUGCCAAAGAGAAGCUGGAGUCCAGAAAAUUCACCACCUCCGAAAAAACUAAAGAUUUCAAAGAAUAUGAAAAACAUAGGAAAUAAUGUUUACUGCCGAAAAAUAAUUUAUGAUUCAGCGCUAGAAGCUUCUCAUAAAUCAACGCAUUUGGCAAGAAGGUUGUUAGAAGGAGUUUUUAACCACGACGCCAUGAUGGGAUGCACAUUGACAGGGCAGGCUCCAAGGACUAAAGAUAAAAAAUCAGCUGUUGUAAAUCCAUUAGAUCAACAGGCGAAAGGCGCGAUCGUUGAGUUUGCGAUGCAUACAGCCGUUGAGAGGAAGUGGCCGAUUCAAAGUCGACAAAUCAUUUUAAAGGAAAUGAGCCAAAGAUCACUGAAUAUAAACGCGACAACAUGA